AUGUGUAUUUGUCAUGCUGUCCCUCUUGUCUCUGUUGGAUCACGAUACACACAUUUCUCUUCCCACACCUCUGCCAAUCUGACCAAGCCUUCCCGCAUCAACCCAGUCAACACUCCGCCAGCCACAACUACCCUCAACCCACACUCAACCAGUCCCAGCCGCGCCCCAUCAAGCCCAGCCAUUGCUCACCGCACCCUUAGCCCUGUCUCAUCCCUCACGACCCCCGACCACGCACCUCCCUCUCUUCCCUCCUACUCCUUCCCUCCGUCCACCCUUCCCUACCACAUGCCCCCAGAUCCAGUCUCCACUUCCUGUAUCUCCUCCGUCAGCACUCUUCGCCCUAACACAUCAGGCAGCGCGAGUCGUGCCUACCUCUCUCCCUGUUUGUCUCCAUCCCUGCCUGCCCCUAUCCCUGCUUGCCUCUCCCUCUGCCGCACGCUGAACACAUAUAAGCUAACAACCUCACCCCGUCAAAGCUGCCGACCAGGACUCCUUAAAGGCAUCAACAUUGGCCCAGGGCUUCAAGGCGGGCGAUGGUCCAAGGCCGAAUAG